AGCUGAGACAGCCACUCUGAGGGAAAAGCCUCUCAGUGUGAUGCUGCCGGAUGGGAACCGCUCUCCUUUAACCGGGCUUUGUCCAUUCAUUUGACUGAACCAGGUGUGUGUGUGUGUAUGUAUAUGUGUGUGAGUAUUAUAGCUUGGCUUUACCCCUUCUGGAGGAUCUGCUGUUCAGACUUAACGGGCUUGUUACCCUGCCCAGGCUGUCUGCAGAAAACGGGGGGGCUGACUUGAGCCAAGGUCUAGGCUAGGGGCAGGGCAGAGCUGGCUGUCAGGCCAUUUGUGCCGGGCCACACAGGAAGACAACAUGAGUGUUCCUAUGCUCAAGAUUGGGGCGGUGCUCAGCACUAUGGCCAUGGUGACCAACUGGAUGUCUCAGACUCUGCCCUCUCUUGUGGGACUCAAUGGGACCACCGUCUCCAGAGGGGGCACCUCAGAAAGGAUUAUAAGUGCUCUUUACCCCAGCCCGGAGGAAGGCUGGCAGAUCUACAGCUCGGCACAAGACGCAGAUGGGAAGUGUAUCUGUACCGUGGUCGCACCGGCCCAGAACAUGUGUAACCGCGACCCACGCAGCAGGCAGCUCCGCCAGCUCAUGGAAAAGGUUCAGAACAUAAGCCAGUCAAUGGAGGUGCUGGACCUGAGGACCUACAGAGAUCUACAGUACGUACGGAACACUGAGAGUCUGAUGAAAGUUGUCGAUGGAAAGCUGAAGGUGGCGUCUGAAAACCCCCGCAGCCUCAAUCCAAAGGGCUUUCAGGAGUUGAAAGACAAGGUGAACCAGCUGCUCCCCCUGCUGCCGGUGCUAGAACAGUACAAGGCCGACGCCAAGAUGAUCCUGCGUCUGCGGGAGGAGGUGAGAAAUCUCUCCCUGGUGCUCAUGGCCAUCCAGGAGGAGAUGGGGGCCUACGACUAUGAGGAGCUGCGCCAGAGAGUCCUGCUGCUGGAGACCAGGCUGCACUCCUGCAUGCAGAAACUUGGCUGUGGGAAGCUCACUGGUGUCAGUAAUCCCAUCACAGUGCGAGCGUCAGGGUCAAGAUUCGGCUCCUGGAUGACAGAUACCAUGAUACCCAGCUCAGACAACAGAGUCUGGUCCAUGGAUGGUUAUUUCAAAGGGCGACGUGUCCUAGAAUACCGCACGAUGAGCGAUUUCAUGAAGGGCCAAAACUUUGUGCAGCAUCUACUGCCACAUCCUUGGGCCGGCACCGGUCAUGUGGUCUACAACGGCUCACUGUACUACAACAAACACCAGAGCAAUAUCAUCAUCAAGUACCACUUCCGCUCUCGUAGCGUGCUGGUGCAGCGCAGUCUCAGCGGAGCCGGUUAYAACAACACCUUCCCCUACUCCUGGGGCGGCUCCUCUGACAUUGACCUGAUGGCGGACGAGAAUGGUCUUUGGGCAGUUUACACCUCCAUCCCUAACGCGGGGAACAUCGUCAUCAGCCGCCUGGAGCCUCAGAGUCUGGAGGUGCUGCAGACCUGGGACACGGGCUUCCCCAAGCGAAGCGCCGGAGAGUCUUUUAUGAUCUGCGGCACGUUGUACGUCACAAACUCUCACCUCGCCGGCGCCAAGAUCUACUUUGCCUACUACACCAACACAUCAAGUUACGAGUACACGGACAUCCCCUUUCACAAUCAGUACUCCCACAUCUCCAUGAUGGACUACAACCCCAGAGAGAGGGUCCUGUACACCUGGAACAACGGACACCAGGUGCUCUAUAAUGUCACACUCUUUCAGGUCAUUAAGACUUCUGGGGACUGAGGCCUCAGUAUAAAAGACCCAUUCAAAUAAUGCUGUGAUCACUGUUCAAAAUGGACAAAGAAGUCGGGCGGAGGUGGUUCAGGAGGGGUCUGGGUUGGAGGUCUGAAAUCUGUAUGCUUAAGAUUGGAUUUUUAAAAAAAGAAUUGAAAUCUUCAUAGAGUGCUAUUAUUCACAUUGUUUAAAAAAACAAGCCUGGAUUGGUGGAAAUUUAAAGACUGAGCGCUACUUUUCUUUUUUUCUUAUUUCUUUUCCUUUUUUGUGAUGAGUAAGCAUGGUUCUUUUUAUUUGUGAUGACAAAUAAACAUCCACUUUACCAUUUCUGAUGCUG